UGGGGGGCGAGCCUCGCCGCCUGCCUUCCCCUUUUUCCUUUUUUUUUUAAUUUAUUUUUUUUCAUUUUUUAUUAUUUUUCCCUUUUUUGUGUGUUUUUCCCUCUUAUUUUGCUCCCCGCCUUGCUACGAGCCUGCUGUGCGCACAACGUGGCUGCGGGGGGGAAAAAACGGGCAGCUGGGGGGGGGGGGGGUACCCCCACCCCCCCCCAAAAAAAAAAAUCGAAAAAUCAACAACAACAACAAAAAACACCCAAAAAUGUCCCUGUGGGGGCAGAGGGGACGGACCCCGAGCCGCUCCCCUGAGCUCGGCGAGCCCUCCUCACAAGGGCAGCUCCCCGUGAUGAUGCACGCAGAGCGCAGCCUUCCUCCCCCUCCUCCUCCUCCUCCUCCUCCUGCUCUUCAUCCUCCUCCUCCCGCUGCCCAGGAGGCAGAGGGGUGCUCCCCGGCUGAGUGCAGCAGGGGGGGAGCUGUCCCAGCCCCUCUGCUCCUGUCUCUGUGCCUCCCCGGCACUUUCUCCGGGGGCUCGCUCAGCCCCCGGGGUCGUGUAGGAGGCUGGGUGGAAGGUGGCGAAACCGACACCGCGCUGGCCGUGGGUUAUAAAUCACCCCUCCUCUGAUCGGCUGGGAGUCGGACGGAUUUGCCCAAGUGAUGUGCGAUGAAGGCACCAGCCCCUUUUAUCGGUAGCCGCAGCAAACCACCGCGUUUGUCUGAGCCCUUCGGGCUGCUGGCCCCGCAGCCGUCCUCACCUUCCCCCAAACUCCUCGCCCUCUCGGUGGGCUUCCCCUUGCUUUUCCUCGCCGCCUCCAAAACUGACUUCUCUCACCCCUGCGAGUAAAGAUACGUUCGGAGGGUAGCCUUGUGGAUGGCCCCGGAGCAGGCCAGAUGGAACAGGACAGAACCAAGCAUGUUGACGGCAAUAGAUUGAGUCCAUUCCUAAGACCGCAACCUUCUCCCGUGUGCCAGGCAGAGCCUUCGGCAGUGAAGCUACAGAAUGGAAGUCCGGCGACAGAGAGGCCCGAAGUCGAGCUAAAUGGAGACCACAAGCGGCUACUCAUCAAAAGCAACUACGGAGCGCCCCACGCGAAGGGAAGCCCAAACCACCGCGUUAGCCCCGACCUUGUACAAGAAAUGAAAGUAUGCUCCAAAUAUAUGCAAAACGGUGGGAUUAAACGCACUUUUAGUGAGCCCUCUCUGUAUGGACUUCAUCAGAGCAAGAAGGCGAAACAAGACAAAGAGGUGAACGGAGAAAAAGCUGAGCCAGAUGAUAACUAUGAAAAACCAAGCGUCUCCAAUUGUUACGGCGAGAAGAAAGCCGAGAGCUUUACAGGACAAGGAAAUGAAGCCUCAGAGUUGAUACCGUCUACAAGAUACAGCAGUGGUGGUUCUGAAAACCCUCAUGACCUCCUGAUCCAGAAUGAGCAGGAGCGGGAAAACCUUCAUUGCCACAACAGGGACAUUGUCUUACUACUUAAGAACAAGGCGGUGCCAAUGCCUAAUGGUGCUACAGUUUCUGCCUCUUCCAUGGAAAGCAUGCAUGGUGAACUCCUGGAGAAAACACUGUCUCAAUAUUAUCCAGAACAUGUUUCCAUAGCAAUGCAGAAGAACACAUCUCAUAUCAAUGCCAUUACCAGUCAGGCUACUAAUGAGUUGUCCUACGAGACAACGCAUUCAUCCCAUACCUCAGGGCAGAUCACUUCCCCACAGACCUCAAACUCUGAGCUGCCUCAAGUGCCAGCUGUAGUGGUUACUGAGGUCUACGAUGCAGAAGACUCCAGUAAACCACCUGUAUUGCCAGGUAGCUGUUCGCUUCAGAAACCAGAACUACAGCUACAGCAACAGAUCCCGGGCUAUGAUACACACCAGUUAUCUGUAGGAAACAGUACUGUGCAUGGAAGUGUAGGGCAGGUUCCCAACCAAGACCUCUCUCUAAGUUCCAGCAGUAACCUGCAAGCUCAGAACGCCGCGCUGGAAAGGUUUUCUGAGCGAGCAGAACAUAAUGGUGCUUUCUUUAAACAGAACUCAAUGUUUCACAAAGAUUCCUCCACUCCUCCUGCUCCAGAGAUGAACAGCGCGCUGCCCGGCGUGGCGCGAGAAGGACGCCGCUCCUACGGCAACAGCGGCGAGGAAACUCCUCCUGGAGAGAUCGCGGGCGAAGGGCAGAGGCAGGGACUGGUGCUAGAGAGUCCCAGCCUCGGCCAGCAGCAACUUCACCCUCCGCAAAGGCUUCCGCAGCAGGUGCCAACGCCGCAGCAAGAUGUCAGCGAGAGCAAUCCCCGAGCUGCUGUGGCCACCUUGCCUCAGCAGCACCCAGAAGAAAUGCCGCCGCCGCCGCCGCCGGAGCCUCCCCUCCCAAGCCUGCGGGCGUGCGGAAGCGACGGUGAGUUGCCACGCUGCCAGCAUCUCCCAGGACAGAGGGAAGCUGAGAUUCCUCCCGACAAAGAGAAGGACCAAGCAAAAGAGCCCGUGCCACAGCCUCAGCGUUACUCGAAGCCGGCCUGGAUCGAGUUGGUCUCCACGCAGUUCCGCCAGGGAGAGCCUCCCCACAAGCCCAGCGAAGCGCUGCUCCGGUCAAUUCUUCAGUUCCAGGCAAACGCACCCGAAACAGCCUACAGCAAGCAGUAUGCUGGAAGCCCUGAUGCAUUGAAGGGGCCGUCGGGACAGCCCCAGAGCCAGAAGAUAAUGCAACAGGAACAAAUUCCCCCGCUCUACAAAAGCGAGGCCUCCCAGCUGCAGCCGCCUCCCGCAGCUGACCCCCAGCUGCUGUUCCCAAAACACUCGCCGCAGCCCCAGCUCGCCAAGGUGGAUCCCCCCCUCCAGCCCCAAGCUCAGCAGCUCCAUUUCCAGCCGAGAGCUGAACAGCCAGCCGAGCAGCCCCUCGGGGCCCCGCUGAAACAGCAGCACUUGAAUCCCCCGCCAGGGGAAAGCGAGCAGUUCUUGCAUUCCCACAUCUUGCAACAGAUGCUCCAAAAGCAGGCGCAGCAGACCCAGCUGCCGUGCGCUCCGCAGCUAACCCCCAGCCAGCAACAGGCCCUGCAAAGGAGAAGUAAAGAGCCGCCCCAAGCCAUCUCCCAUUCCCAAAGCGCCCUGGAGCAGCAGCUGGACAGGGCAUCCUUCAGCCAGCUCAAGGCAGAUGAGUGUUUUCAGGCUGGGAACAAGUACCUGAAGCCGGCCGCCUUCCCGCUGCACGGCGCUCAGCUGGGGCUAGAGCAGGCACAGGGCGUGAACAGCAAGGCUCCCCUCUACGGGCAGAAACCCAACGCCAGCCUGCAGCAUCCCUGCCCGAACAACGUGCACUUGAUCUCCGAGAAGAAGGAAAACGCCGCGCAUGGCGAGCGCUUCGGGGCCAAGAAGAUGCAGGACUUGCAGCACGCGCAGUAUUUUCCCAACAGCCUGCCCCCCAAGCAAGAGGUGAACCACUGCUUUCAAGAACCAGAGCAGCAGACGCAACAAGCUUCGGUGAUCCAGCUGCCGCUCCAGCAGCCGCAAGGCUACGGGGGCAGCCUGAACCCAGAGCUCCCCAGCCACCAAGCCCCGCAGCUGCCCCCGCGGUACUUACCGCACAGCCAGCAGGCUCCCCCGCACGCCCCGGAGCAGAGAGGCUGCCAUCUGCAGACCCAAACCCAGAAGGAUUUUCAGAAGCACGCUGCCCUAAGGUGGCAUCUCCUACAAAAACAGGAGCAGCAGGUGUACCAGCAAGCCAAACCCGAGCUCGGCCCCAGCGCAGCACGCAAGCCGAUCAAAAUUGAGGCUGGCACAAAGGCGAACGUCUGCAUGCGCCCGUCUGCUGGGCAGCUAGAAAGCAAAAUGUGGAAAAAAACAAUUAAACAAGAGAAUCAGCACUUCGGCUGCGAGAACAUGCAACAAAAGAGCAUCAUCGAGACAAUGGAACAGCAGCUAAAACAGAUACAGGUCAAAUCACUGUUUGAUCACAAGACUUUUACUGUCAAAUCGCCUAAACAUGUGAAGGUUGAAACAGCAGGCCCUAUCACCAUCCUAUCGAGGAACACCUGUGCUGCAGAAUUUGACACUCAGACCCCAAUCUCGGAACACCAAGCAAACCCGUCUGCUGAGAAAACCCCGACCAAAAGAACAGCUGGAACUGUUCUCAAUAAUUUUUUAGACUCACCUUCCAAGUUACUGGAUACUCCUGUAAAAAACUUAUUGGACACACCUGCCAAAACCCAGUAUGACUUCCCAUCGUGCAGCUGUGUCGAGCAAAUUAUCGAGAAAGAUGAAGGUCCGUUCUAUACCCAUCUAGGAGCCGGUCCUAACGUGGCAGCUAUUAGAGAAAUCAUGGAAGAAAGAUUUGGACAGAAGGGUAAAGCUAUAAGGAUUGAGAGGGUUGUCUACACUGGGAAAGAAGGCAAAAGUUCUCAAGGAUGCCCUAUUGCUAAAUGGGUAGUCCGCAGAAGCAGUCAGGAAGAAAAGCUACUCUGCCUGGUGCGCGAGCGAGCGGGCCACACCUGUGAGACGGCGGUGAUCGUGAUUCUCAUCCUGGUCUGGGAGGGAAUCCCGACAAGCCUGGCCGACAAGCUGUAUUCGGAGCUCACCGACACCCUGAGAAAGUACGGCACGCUCACCAACCGGCGCUGUGCCCUGAACGAAGAACGGACCUGUGCAUGUCAAGGGCUGGACCCUGAAACUUGUGGUGCUUCAUUUUCCUUUGGUUGCUCCUGGAGCAUGUACUACAAUGGUUGUAAGUUUGCCAGAAGCAAGAUUCCGAGAAAGUUCAAGCUGAUGGGGGAUGAUCCAAAAGAGGAAGAAAAACUAGAAUCCAAUUUGCAGAAUCUGUCAACCCUGAUGGCGCCCACCUACAAGAAGCUCGCACCUGAUGCAUACAACAACCAGAUCGAGUACGAACACAGAGCACCCGAGUGUCGCCUGGGGUUAAAAGAAGGUCGCCCAUUCUCCGGGGUCACUGCCUGCCUGGAUUUCUGUGCUCAUGCUCACAGAGACUUACACAAUAUGCAGAACGGGAGCACACUGGUUUGCACACUAACUAGAGAAGACAAUCGUGAAAUUGGCCAAACACCUGAAGAUGAGCAGCUCCACGUGCUCCCGUUGUACAAAGUCUCUGAUGUGGAUGAGUUUGGAAGCGCUGAAGGCCAGGAGGAGAAGAAGAGGAAUGGCAGCAUCCAGGUCCUUACCUCCUUUCGGCGGAAAGUAAGGAUGUUAGCGGAGCCCGUUAAGACGUGCCGGCAAAGGAAGCUAGAAGCAAAGAAGGCAGCUGCAGAAAAGCUUUCCUCCUUGGAGAAUGGGUCUAGCAAAGCUGAAAGAGACAAGUCUGCUGCAGCACGCAACAAGCAAGGCAACGCUGAAGCGGCAAGUCACGCAAAGCAGCUAGCAGAUCUUUUACGCCUUUCAGGACCAGCCUCACAACAGCAGCAGCAACAUCCCCAGCGCACUCUCCCUAACAGCUCCCAGUCAAAUCCUAUUAAUUCUUACUCGGGUUCAGGUUCUGCAAAUCUGUAUGUAAGGUUGCCUAAUCCAGCCGGUGGUUAUCCCAGCUCUUCAUACACUUCAGAUCCCUAUGGAGGGUCGGCUCCCAUGAACCUUUACACCACCUCAUCACAGCCUGCGGGGUCUUAUUUGAAUUCUUCCAGUCCCAUGAACCCUUAUUCAGGAUCGUUAAGUCAAAAUAACCAGUAUCCACCCUACCCAUGCAAUGGAAACAUGCCGAUGGACAACUGCCCCUCUUACUUGGGCUCCUACCCCUCCCAGCAUCAGCACGUGGACUUGUAUAGCUGUCAGAGCCAAGACCCUAUGUCUAAACUAAGCCUGCCACCCAUUCAAACAUUAUACCAGCACAGGUUUGGGAAUAACCAGAGUUUUGGUCCCAAAUACUUGAAUUACGGAAACCAAAAUAUGCAGGUCGACUCUUUCAGUAAUUGCACCAUUAGACCAAAUGUACACCACGUAGGGUCUUUUUCCUCUUACUCCACCCACGAGGCUGAUGGCCAUUUUAUGGAGGUAGCCUCGAGGCUCAAAUCUAAUCUGAGUAAUCCAAGCAUGGACUAUGCCUCCAUGAAUAAAAACACUGAACAUCACCAUGUGCAACCCCCGCCACAUUUAGCACACGACUACCAUCCCGCUCCAAAUAUGUUCAGUGGUCCUCCUAAUUCGUUGCACCUCCAAAACAAGGAUAGCGAAAUGAUCUCCCAUGCAGUCAAUGGUUUGUCUAGCAUGCUUCCAGGUCAAAACCACGAUAGGACUACUCCCCAAGGUGGUUUAGAGAAAACCGAUGUGCUGAAUCCUGAAAAAGCAGAGGAUCCCGAUGAAGUCUGGUCCGAUAGUGAACAGAGCUUCCUGGAUCCAGAAAUUGGAGGAGUGGCAGUUGCUCCAUCUCAUGGGUCAAUUCUCAUAGAGUGUGCAAAGCGCGAGCUCCAUGCAACGACCCCCCUCAAAAACCCCAACAGGAACCAUCCCACCAGAAUAUCCCUUGUCUUUUACCAGCACAAGAGCAUGAACGAGCCGAAACACGGCCUGGCUCUGUGGGAGGCCAAGAUGGCUGAGAAGGCAAGAGAGAAGGAAGAGGAGUGUGAGAAAUACGGUCCAGACUACGUGCCUCAGAAAUCUUACGGCAAAAAAGCGAAGCGGGAGCCUGCUGAGCCACACGAAGCCUCGGAGCCAACGUACGUGCGCUUCAUCAAGUCUCUUGCACAACGGACGCUGUCGGUCACCACAGACUCCACAGUAACGACAUCUCCAUAUGCCUUUACACGGGUUACAGGGCCUUACAACAGAUAUAUCUAACUUCACACCUUCGUUGGUUACCUCAUCUGAAAAAAAAAAGAAACAACAACUCAUCAGUAGGGUAGUUCUCGUUUAGGUUUUGGGGAAGGCAAGGGUGGAGGAGAAAGCAGUGUUUUCAUUAAACUCAUCGGUGGAAAAAGCCUCGGCACACCAGCAUAAAGAGGUAAUCUCACUAGCGCACUUCUUUUCCACUGGUUUUUAAGUGGUCACAGAUGGCAUGUAGGAAACAAGACCAAAGCAUCCUAUGCAAAAACAAAAAAACAAAAACAAAAACAAAACAAAAAGUGUUUCACAAUUUACAUUUGAAAACACUGGCUCCAUUACUGAAAGAGAGAAUCUGCAAAUGGAUUUUUUUUUUCUUACAGUUUUGCACAUCUGUGACCACUUUUAAUGUCAUUGAGUUUGCAUAGUCAUGGAACAGGAGCAAAAAAAAAAAAAUCCUAAAAAAUAAUACUGUAGUAUUCCAACUGCAGGAAUCUUAAAAUAACAUCUGGUGCUGAAUCUACGAUGUACUGAAAUACUGGAAUUAUGGCUUUUUAACAUGCAGUUUUUACUGUAAUCUUAUUAGUCUCUUGAUUUUAUUUAACAAAGUAGAUACGUAUAAAACGUAAUGAAUAGACAGCAAAACACUGAAUUUGUUUGGAUAUUCUAAAAACAUGGUGCUAUCUAAGAGAACGGUGUCUUUAUUUUAACAGUCAAGCAGUUAUUGCCUUUAUAACGAUUAAAAUGUCAAUGAUGUAUUCAAAUGUUCUUCGACAACAGGGAGGACCUUUUCAUUCAUGUAUGUAUUGAAUUUACCUGGUGUUAAAAUAAGCUUACUUUUUAACAUAUGGGAAUUACAAAGACCUCUGGAUUUUGCUCAUCCAGUCAAGUCCUAGAAAAGGACAAUAAAAUAUAGAGAGAGAUAUUUUUUUUUAAAAUAGUGUUUCAAAAGCACUUUGUCUACCUAAGCUUGGCAACUUGAACAAUGCUAAGGUACUAAGACAUUAAAAAAAAAAAAAAAAAGAGUUUACUUUGAUUUUAAAAAUGCAAAGAUAAUUUUUUUAAAAUAAAAAAAAAAAGCUUUUAAAUACUUUUGUUUUAGCCGUGCAUCUGCUAGUGGGCUACAUAUCCAUUUUUAAUACAGUCAGUUAUGGUAAAAAUGGGGCUUACUGGAUAUAAGGGAAUACUUUAGUACACAAAACACAUGUUUUUCUGGUGCUCAUCUCACACAGCUAUACUGUAAACUGUUUUCUACAAUUAUGACAAGUUCAUUGCUCAAAUAUGUACAGUUUUAAGGAAAGAAUUUUAUAUUAACCACAGGUAAUAAUUAGCAGCAUGCAACAGACUACAACUAGUUAGCUUGGGCUUCUGCUGUUUUUAAAGAUCUGUAUGCUCUUCAACUAUUGAAUGGCAGACUGCUUUUGUGUUGAUAAUUAUGUACAUUGUGGUGUAAGUCAUUUCUCGGUGCAAGUGUCCUCUUUUCCAGGAAGAUUGAGCAGACCGAUGCCUACACAAGAUGAAUGAAACAGGGUUAGUUCUGUGUGAUUCCGUUGAUUAAAUAGAAAAAAAAAAUAGGCAGCUGGCUUGCUGUGGUGGUUUUAAAACAUUAAUUUCUAUUAAAAAAAGCAGGAGAGUUGUAUAGUAAAUUAAAUUGUAAACAAAACUUUUUUUAACGCAAUGCUUUAGUAUUUUAGUACUGUAAAAAUAUUAAAUCUAUAUAUAUUUGGGUUUUGAGCUGAAUUCACAUCAUGGUGCUACUCAGCCUGCUACAAAUAUAUCAUAAUGUGAGCUAAAAAUACAUUAAAAGGUUUGAGUGAUGUUCCUACUUGUCAUAUACCUCAACACUAGUUUGGCAAUAGGAUAUUGAACUGAGUGUGAAAGUUUAUAUAUUGUAUACCAUCUUUUUUCCCCCAAUAGCCUUUGAAAAAAAAAAAAAAAAAAAACUCUCUCAAUACUUGACAUUUUAGCAAGUAUAACUUGAACUUCAACUUUUUUUUUUUUUUUGGUUCUAAAAAUUCAGGGAUAUUUCAGCUCAUGUUCUCCUAUGCCAACGUGUCACCUGUGUGUAUGUAAAGCUGUUGUAGGUUAAAUAUAUUAUUCUUUUUUUUUUCUUUUCUUUUUUUUUUUCCUCCUUCAGGGAUUUAAUGCUUUUCUUUUGAAUCCCUUCUCUAAUUUUCCUUGUACAUGUAUUGAUGUAACUAAAACUAAUUUUGUAAAUUCGUUAGCUCUUUUUAUUGUAAUGAAAGUGUUUAAGAGAUUUAGAAUGUUUUGCCUGUUUCAAACGAAUAAACAAAAGAAAGUAGAAUGCACUGAGCUGAUUAAAGGGAAAAAUGUAAGGCAGGGGUUUGGCAAGUGACUGUUUGCUAGAGUUUUUCAAGUCACUCUCUAAACAAGGCUUCUUGGAUACUGUAAUAAAUAAAAUAAAAUAAAGUAUAAAAAGGUACAGUCUGUACAAGGGCUUCCCUAAACAUGCAAACCUCCAUGUCCCAGAUAUAUCUUGUGCAAUAUACUGUAAGAUUAAGUUUGGUCAAAAGAAAUUUUAUCUAACAGAAUCACAACCUAACUCGAGUAAAUCAAAGGAGGCCUUUGGGUUUAAUGGUCAAAUAUUUAUUAUGGCAAUUUUUUAUUUUUUUUUUUUAAUUCUCAGUCUGUGACUUUACCCACUGCAUUGAAACAAAAGUUUCGCCUUUUUAAAGAAAAAAAUUUAAUGAUGGUUAUGUGUCAGAUUAAUUAAAUCCUUCCUAAUCUUCAUCUUUUGGUGAUUAUGUUUUAAGUCCUAUAUGAUUCAUCUGAUCCCCAGUAGACGUUUGGUUAACAUGCCGUGCACUGUCAUUUGCCAAACUGCUGGCAGCAAGAGCAGGAAGCUUAGUUGGUGAAGCAGUUAUGUAUUGUAAAUACCCGAACUGUAAUUUUUGGUGUACAGAACCCUGCCUCAGUUGGAUCGAAUGACAAAGCAGACAUAAAAUUGCUUGUAUAGGAUUAUCAGGUUGACUAUAGCCAUACUUGAAGAUGCUUCUGAGUGGUGUCAACUUUACUUGAAUGAAUUUUUCAUCUUGAUUGACGCACAGUGGUAUAAAGUUCACUUCUAAAGCUAGUGGUUAACUUGUGUAGGAAACUUUAGCAGUUUGACACUAAGGUAAUGAACUUCUGUGUGCAUUUUCUAUACUUAUGUUCUACUUUUUUUUUUUUUUUUACUUUAGUUUCAUUCAUUUUCAUGAAAUGUUUGGUAUGUCUAUAAAAAGAAUCUGAGGAUGGUUAUAAAUACUGUAAGUAUUGUAAUGUAAUGCAGGUUAUUUGAAAGCUGUUUAUUAUUAUAUCAUUCCUGAUAACGCUGAGAUGUGGGUGUUUUUAAUAAAAUUUAUAUUUAUUUAAUGCA